AUGUCGACCUCAACUGCCACCGCCUCCGCUUCUAUUGCCGACCCUCCUCGCCCCGGCCGUCUUCGUCGCUUCAGUCAGCUACGAGCCUACACGCAGAAUCUCUCCCACUCCUCACCAAGCCAACGUGCGCGUCCCAGUUUGAGCAGUCGGGUGCCCUGGCUAUCUACCCCGUCGGGCGCAGAGUCUCCAUCGACGCAGGUGGAGAGCUCCACUCCUUUAUGCCCCGAAGGUGAUCAACCGGUCUUGUCUCGCUACACCUCUGCGCCCACCUCGAGCUCCCACGCUCUCGUUGACAGCCAGAAUUCCUCUACCGAAUCCUCGCGAUCAACUCCCCCCAACGAGCCCAGCCAGACAACUCAUGUCAUGGCCCGGCUGAGGAGUGCUUCCGCUGUGCAGGGCCGCCCGCCGCGCAAUUUGGCUCGAACCGCCACUCCAGAGGCGCCCACAUCGUUACCAGAACCGACCACUGCAACAAACGAUACCCUGGAGCUGACUGGGACCAUCUCGGCCGAGAUCCAGUCCCCCUCAAAAUUACCACAGAAGGCGACUAUCAGGUUUUUCCCCUAUCAGGAUUCCUACCAGAGUUCACGACCGUCGCUGCCCUUCAUUCCCAUCUCGCGCACACUUCCCUCCGAAAGCUGCGUCAUUCGAGUCGGUCGCUACUCCGAGCGCGAUGGAAUUCCCAACCCCAAUCCAUCUGAACCCUCGGAUUCUCCGGUCGGCUUCAAAUCGAAGGUCGUGAGUCGAAAACACUGCGAGUUCAUGUACGUCAAUGGUCAAUGGCACAUAAAGGAUGUAGGCAGUUCGUCGGGCACUUUCCUGAAUCAUAUGCGCCUGAGUCAACCGAACAUGGUCUCCCGCCUGUAUUCCAUAAAGGAUGGUGAUAUAGUGCAACUGGGUAUCGAUUUCAGAGGAGGAGAGGAAAUGAUCUUCCGAUGCGUGCGAAUUCGUAUUGAAUGCAAUCGGGCCUGGCAGCAACAGCCCAACGAGUUUAAUAAAAACACCGAAAGCUUGAUCAAGAACCUAGGCAAGGGAGAAACCGCCGAUUAUUCUGGCUGCCGCGAAUGUUCCAUCUGUCUUGGUUCCGUCUUGCGGCCCUACCAGUGCCUUUUUAUGGCGGCUUGUGCCCAUGUCUGGCAUUACAAAUGUAUCAGUCGCUUGCUACACUCACCCGAUUACCCCAUGUUCCAGUGUCCCAACUGUCGGGCAUUCACCGAUUUGAGUGCCGAAGUCGACGACUCGAAUGACCAGGAAGGGGAGAAGUCUCAAGAAUCGGUUGGCGCGGAGGAGGGCAAUCAAGCCGCGCUGCGGUCCGAGGCACAAUCGCCAGCAAAUGCUCCGCCCGAGAGCGAAGGCCACGAAACCUCGAAUCAAUUAGAAGCUCAUCCCGAAGAGCCGGACCUGGCCACCGAUGUCGAGAAUCUGCACCUGCAGGAUGAACAGGCCCGCGAGGCGGACACAGAGAGCUCCGAUUCUGCCGCUCUCAAUGGGAGCAAUGAUGACCUUGCUCGCAGUGCCACCGUCAAUCUUCCAGGUUGGCAACCCACUGAACCUCUCAAUGUCCCGACUCGGCAUGCUCAACUCCGUGCCGACACGCCUGGGUCAGACGAAAACCCACUUACUCCACGAAACGACUCGGGCCCUCUAGCCUUUGAUGGCCGAGCGGGAAUGCCUUGA